AUGGGUUAUGAUUUAAAGCUCAUCAGUUGCUCAGCUAAUGAAGAACUUGCGAACAAUAUUUCCAAAUACUUGGAUAUCAAGAUUUGCAAAUCCAAAACCGUGAAAUUUGCCGAUGGGGAAUGUUUUGUUCAAGUGAAUGAAAAUGUCCGUGGAAGCGACACAUUUAUUGUGCAGUCCAUGUCGGAUCCAGUCAAUGACAACUUUAUGGAAAUGCUAUUGAUGAUUGAUGCUCUUAAAAGAGCGAGCGUAAACAGAAUCAAUGUUGUUAUCACCUACUAUGCAUAUGCCAGACAAGACAGAAAGACGAAGAGCAGAGUUCCUAUCAGUGCCGCUCUAGUCGCUAAAUUAAUUGAAUCUGCAGGUGCUGACCAUGUAAUUUGUGUCGAUUUGCAUGCCGGUCAAAUUCAAGGAUAUUUUGCAAUUCCUGUGGAUAACAUUGGUGUAAGAAGUGUCAUUUUCCCUGCUCUUCUUAAGGAAGUGCCAGGUUUGUGGCAUGGAAAGAUUACAAUUGUGUCUCCAGAUGCUGGAGGUGGCUCAAGAGCUGAUAGUUUCUUGCAAUACGUCCAAUCCGAGUAUCCUGAUCAAUUCGCGGAUGCCCAAAUGGCUGUCAUGAACAAAUGGAAAAAAACUAAAUCAUCGGAUCAAGAGUGUUGGAAUGAUUUUAAACAAAAUACAACCAAUGAGUCAAGCUCUUCAUCCUCCACAUCCACAAAUGGUACUUCUUCAAAUGAUGUCGCUGUAAACAGUACAAACAUGCCUUGGAUGAUGGAAUUGGUCGGAGAGGUGAAAGGAAGAGACUGUAUCAUUGUGGAUGAUCUUGUUGACACUGCUGGAACUCUCUGCUCGGCCGCUAAAUGCCUUAAAGAAAAUGGAGCAAGAAAAGUGUAUGCUUGUGUUACUCAUGCCCUGUUGACUGGCCCAGCUUUGAAGAGGAUUGAUGAAACAGCUGAACUAGAUUUGUUGGUCGUUUCAAACUCUAUCAAUCACAAGCAAGAGAUCAAAGAUCAUCCAAAAAUUCAUAUUGUUGACAUUGGAGCUCUACUUGGAGAGACAAUCCGUAGAGUCCACAACGACGAAUCUCUCGUAAGAAAGGAUUUCUUGAAUUAA